AUGCGUUUUCUUCCAUUCUUUGCCCAUCGUUCGCAGAGAACGGCUAGCGACAGAUCGUACACUUCUACUUCUAGCGAUUUCACCAUGGAUAGCUUCACAACUAGCCUCUUCUCGAGUCCUUCCUGCUUCCAGCCCAAUUUCAGUGACAUCCCUCAGAGCCCACAUUCAUCCGUGGAGAUUCAAGGCAUCACAGAAGACUUGUGCCCGCUGAAUCGUCAACAGCUCGCCAUCUUGAGGCCGCCUCAUCAAUUCUUCUCUCCGCCGAAGCAUGGCGACACCCCCUACGCCAUCAACUCAGAAGACUGGUAUCAGGAAAAUUGCGACCCAGUUGACCAGUGUAAAAGGAGCUUCUAUAUUGCAUUAAAGAGCCCCGAGGAUAUUUGGGACAGCGUGUAUGGCACGACAGGUGUGGUAUAUGGUAUUGCGAAGGUUUUCAUUGCGUUGUGUCGCAGCUUCCGUGUCGAUCUACACACACCCACAGCCAACAUAUUAAUAGGCGUUGAGAACGCGGAACAAGAACUCAAGAACGGCUCAGUGGUAGAUUUCGUCUUUGCCAUUGAGGACCUUUACUUCAGCUUGUACGCCCGGUUGGAAGUUGAAAUUGCUCUCCUUCAUUUCUGCUCCUCGUUCAUUAGUAGGGGGCGUAAGCCGAAGCACAGUACAAGUCCCACACUUCCGGAUCCCAAUCAUGUUUAUACAAUCUUGAACGUCUGCAGAGACGUCUUGGAUGACAAAAGCGUUUGUUCCGCAUUUGAUGGACGAUUGGUCAGCUAUCAUAAACGUCUCUAUGUUGAGGAAAUGAACAGGCGAUACAUAUUCGAAGGGACACUGCCGCUUGAUCCUACUGGCUAUCGCGCACAUGUCAAUGAGAGAGUCAAAGACCCUAACUCGUCCGCAUAUCGCCAUUGGUGCCAAAUUUAUCCCGAACUGCAACACUUGUCUGUUGAUAUUCUGGCAUUUCUUUCGGAGAAAUACCACCCCAUCUACCCUUGCCCAGUGCGCAAACAAAACGAAUUCGCAUUCAAGACGCCAAACACCAAUUUCCUGUCCAAUAAAUUCGCCGCGGCAUGGGAAGAAAAUAUGAUCUGCGCUCAUCGUCUCUGCUCACUCGCGAAGAUUCAGGGCAAGGCAGUUGGAGAGCUGCGUCGAGAGGAAGAAGCGUUCAACGUCAUACGCUACGCAAGCGAGCAGAAAUGCAUUUGCCUUGAUAUAUGCUCCUGUUCUAGAAUAUGUACCAGGUCUGGCAGUACUCUCUGCCCUUGCUCUGGCCGUUGGCUACGUGGAGUUCUUACCCAUCAGCCCGAGUCUGGAGAUAGCAUUCGAGAGAAAAGUACGGUCAUGGGUGAGUUGACUUACGAAUCCCUUGCUGCUCUGAAACGCGAAUUACCUGAUGAUCUGGUACAACGUGAGCUUCUUGGGGGGAUCAAUAUCAUUAGAGAGGAAAUGAUCAAGCAGCGUGUGAAUAUUUACGCGGCAGAAACUGGCGAAAUCAAUUUUACUUUCUGCUAUGAACGUUCCCGCCCCUGUGCGCCAUCGGUGCACCACUGUAUGGGUAUGGUGGUCGUAUACUCGCCAGCUCUUCAUGCGACCAGACCGACCGUGAUCAGACUUCGGGGUUUGGGGUCGCAACUGCAGCACCGGAGCGCCGCAUCAAAGCUCCAUUUCGUCUCAUCACAGCUGCAUGGAUAUCACAGUGCUCGGCCUGGAUAUGGCUUGCGGACCCCGAGUCCUGACAACGUUGAAACGCUUUCCUCCAAGAGCCCCUUUUAUUUCGAGACUGGUUACGCUCUUCGACCGAAACGGUCAUCUAGACCCUUCCCGCCUCCCUUCGUCUCUAUCCCAUCGUCCUCUUUCUCCGAUCCCUUGACCACACAUUUCCAAAGCCAAGAUAGACGACCACAGGUGGGAAAUGAGCUUAUCCGGGGCUUGACUAAUGGGGACGACGCUAUUCUCGCAAGCGAUUUAUCACUCGGCGUCAACGAUGGCGUUGGAGCCUGGGCGACUAAACCCGAGGGCCAUGCAGCAGUAUCUCUGGGCAGGCUAUGGUCUAGGCUGAUUAUUCAUUUUUGGGCUCUCGAAUGUGAACGACAAGUUUCCAGCGCAUCCACGCCCGAUACCGUCGGGUUUCUACAAAAUGCUUAUGAAGAGACGGUCGCUGCAACUAAACAAUGGCUCGGCACUACAACAUCAGCAACAGCUUUGCUACAUAACGUUGAGCAAGGUAGUGACGUGAAACCGCUACUUUACGUUACAAACAUUGGUGACUGCCAGAUUGUUGUCAUCCGACCACGCGAUAGGAAGGUGCUUUUCAAAUCUCGCGAGCAGUGGCAUUGGUUUGAUUGCCCAUAUCAGCUUGGGACGAACAGUGUUGAUCAACCGCGUAAUGAUGCGGUAUUGAGCGUCGUUGAAUUGGAAGAAGGGGACAUUGUUCUCGCAGUUUCGGACGGCGUGACUGACAAUCUCUGGGGCCACGAGAUUCUAGAUAAUAUCCUCGAGAGUGUUGAAAAGUGGGAAGCCGGCGAUAUUGGUAAAUAUGGGGCUGAGCGAGAGGCAGAGGCCCCGACUUGCAUGGUUUUUGCAGCCAGGCGUCUUUUGAAUGCAGCACUGACGAUUGCAUUUGAUCCAUUUGCCGAUAGCCCUUAUAUGGAGAAGGCUAUUGAUGAAGGGCUUACUAUUGAGGGAGGCAAAAUGGAUGACAUCAGUGUGGUUAUUGGACAGUGCAAAAGAAGAGUUUAG